GAGAUGACGCAGGCAGCACCGGAAGCCGCUCCCCUGUGAGGUUGCAGACCCCGAGCGGCGGCCGCUGGUCCAGGCGCCAUGGCUGCGGAGCGGACCCGGCCGCUGCGAGGCUCUGGCGGCCCGAACGCGCCUAGUCGGUGUGAGCCCGGCGCGAGGUCCCGGGCCCCGGGGCACUCGCUCAGGUAAAUUUUUCCAUAACCUUAUGGAGAGAAAGGACUUUGAGACAUGGCUUGAUAACAUUUCUGUUACAUUUCUUUCUCUGACGGACUUGCAGAAAAAUGAAACUCUGGAUCACCUGAUUAGUCUGAGUGGGGCAGUCCAGCUCAGGCAUCUCUCCAAUAACCUGGAGACUCUCCUCAAGCGGGACUUCCUCAAACUCCUUCCCCUGGAGCUCAGUUUUUAUUUGUUAAAAUGGCUCGAUCCUCAGACUUUACUCACAUGCUGCCUCGUCUCUAAACAGUGGAAUAAGGUGAUAAGUGCCUGUACAGAGGUGUGGCAGACUGCAUGUAAAAAUUUGGGCUGGCAGAUAGAUGAUUCUGUUCAGGACGCUUUGCACUGGAAGAAGGUUUAUUUGAAGGCUAUUUUGAGAAUGAAGCAACUGGAGGACCAUGAAGCCUUUGAGACCUCAUCAUUAAUUGGACACAGUGCCAGAGUGUAUGCACUUUACUACAAAGAUGGACUUCUCUGUACAGGGUCAGAUGACUUGUCUGCAAAACUGUGGGAUGUGAGCACAGGACAGUGUGUUUAUGGCAUCCAGACCCACACUUGUGCAGCAGUGAAAUUUGAUGAGCAGAAGCUUGUGACAGGCUCCUUUGACAACACUGUGGCCUGCUGGGAAUGGAGUUCCGGAGCCAGGACCCAGCACUUCCGGGGGCACACAGGGGCGGUGUUUAGCGUUGACUACAAUGAUGAACUGGAUAUCUUGGUGAGUGGCUCUGCAGACUUCACUGUGAAAGUAUGGGCUUUAUCUGCUGGGACAUGCCUGAACACACUCACCGGGCACACGGAAUGGGUCACCAAGGUGGUUUUGCAGAAGUGUAAAGUCAAGUCUCUCUUGCACAGCCCUGGAGACUACAUACUCUUAAGUGCGGACAAAUAUGAGAUCAAGAUUUGGCCAAUUGGGAGAGAAAUUAACUGCAAGUGUUUGAAGACAUUGUCUGUCUCUGAGGAUAGGAGUAUCUGCCUGCAGCCAAGACUUCAUUUUGAUGGCAGAUACAUUGUCUGUAGUUCAGCGCUGGGUCUCUACCAGUGGGACUUUGCCAGUUACGAUAUUCUCAGGGUCAUCAAGACUCCUGAGAUAGCAAACUUGGCCUUGCUUGGCUUUGGAGAGAUCUUUGCCCUGCUGUUUGACAACCGCUACCUGUAUAUCAUGGACUUGCGGACAGAGAGCCUGAUUAGCCGCUGGCCUCUGCCAGAGUACAGGAAAUCAAAGAGAGGCUCAAGCUUCCUGGCGGGCGAAGCAUCCUGGCUCAAUGGACUGGAUGGGCACAAUGACACGGGCUUGGUCUUUGCCACCAGCAUGCCUGACCACAGUAUUCACCUGGUGUUGUGGAAGGAGCACGGCUGACCCCACGAGCUCACCACCGCUGGCCGACUGUGGGUGCCGGGGCUGCGGGUUCUCAGUGCAGCCUCUGUGGCGGCCGACUGCAUGAACCAAAGUUCUCACCUGAUGGUAUCGUCGCGCAGCGCACAAUCAUUUAUCCGUGUUUCCAGGGGCCAGGGCUCGGGGCGGGGGAGGGCUCGUGUUCUCGACACACAGCGCAGCAUGCUAGUGGGGUACGCCGUUGACUUCAUUUGUACUUAGUUAUGUUGGUCAGUAUAAGAGGGUGCAUAUGGGGUUCACCUUUCUUGAAUAUUGGUUUUAAGUAAAGAAAGUUCAAUGGUUCAUUACUCUGCUAAUUGGUUGCUGAUAAAAACACCUUGAGUCUAUUAUUAAAGCUUUUUACCAUCGCCUUUUUUCGUUUGAAGUUGAAGCAAAGGUGCUACGAUGCUAUUCCAGCAACUUCUCUCACAUGGGGCUUAGCUUUUCUAACAGCCAGUGUUGCAGAGACCACGGAGUCCUGUGACAUUCACGAACUCUCUGCCCUCACCAGUUCUGAAGAGGGUCUGUCUUCCAGGGCACAUCCAGUUCUAUACAUUGAUUGUUCACAACACAUUCUAAACCCUAGUACCUGGCAGAGUCGAGGUUGGCCAUGUCUGAGAUGUAAGGGAAUUCUGUGAUCUUUGUUUACAUGUGGAGCAAGCGAGUCGCCGGUCCCCUGUCGCCUGGGUGAGUGCACGGAGGUGACGGGUACUGUGGGAAGAGCACUGAGCUGGCGGGUUCAAGACUGGUUGUGUUAUCUAAGAACCCGGCCCCUUGGUGCGUCACUUCCCUGGGCCCCAUUUCCCCGUCCGUAUAGCCAGGUGUUAAGCUAAGUGAUUUCUAAGGUUUUGGUCCUGCAUGUACUGAAGUGUGGGCAAAAGUUGAUGUUUCAGUUUUGUCUGAUUCAUUGUUUCUUUUGGGUUGCAGAUAAUAUUUAAAUGAAAUCAUUGGUACAAAGUUAUUAUCUAUCUGGAAAUCAGAUGGACCCAGGGGAAAUGUAGAAAAUAUAACAAAUUCCCUAGAAUGUUAGCACUUGGAUAUUAGCAGAUUGGAUGUUAGCUAGAUAUUAGCAGUUGGAUGAAAUGCUGAGUAGAAUCUUGGUUUUUUAAACAGACAGGGGCUGUCUUGGAAGGAAAGAUACCCAAACCGGACUUUUUCUUCCUCCUUUGUCUCUGACAUGAUGUGUGGCUUCAGGCUGGCCAACUUUUUAUCCCUGGGCCUAGAUUAGGUUUUACAAACUCAGAUGCCCAGGGCAGCCAUGCAGAUACCACGCAGGACUGACGGGUGUUGGACAGGGGCUGUGCUCCAUCACAGAAAGCUGAUUUAAGGGAGCAGUUACUCAGCUCUCGGUGGUAGCUCCGGCCGUGGCUGGUCUUCACGAUUUUAUUUCAGAGGAAGUAGAACUCCAGAUUUUUAUUUGAAAUCUCCUGAUUUUUGAAAUGUUGACAACUACUUGUAGAUAGUGUAAAAUACAGUGAGCCAAACCCAGCAUGUCUGCGAGCUCCCAGUGCAUGUCCUCUGCCCUGUCGUUCCUGUGACGUCAGGUAGUUCUGUGGUCUGCAGUGGGAGUGUUUUAACCUCACCGUCACGGUCUCCGGGACAAAGUCGAGGGAGCGAGCUGUAGGACAAUUCAGCUGUCUCCCAUUGUGUUAGAGGACAGCGAGGGGGCACGUUUCACCCGCGGGCCAACAGGAAAGCAGUUUGAGGGUGAACAUACCGACUGGAACCUCCUGUGUAGCCUCCACCUGGGAAUAGGAGUUAUUCGUUCUUGCUGAUGCGAAUACGAAAGCGUCCCCAUUUACAGGUGGGAGGAAGGCUCCCGGCAGAGCUGGGACUGAUGCCAGCCCCGGUGGGGACCCAGCCCUCCCACAUUCCGCAGUGGCACAGAGCCAGACGGUGACCUCUGAAGGCCGUGAAGUUAAUAUUCUAGAGAGUCCGUGUUUGGUUUCAGGGACAGGUUUAGUUAAUAUUCUUGUGGAGACUGUAAGGGAUUAGGUAAAAGGGUAAUGUGUUCUCCAGCCCCAAAGGCCAUCUCACACUGAGUUCUGUGCACGAGCUCCGCUCCAUCUUCCAAAAGCCGGGAAAAGUUUUCAAUUAGCAAUAAUCGCGCCUCAGAUAAACGUCAUUGGCUACGAUACUGCCACGGCGCAAAGCUCCAUCUUCCAAAAACCGGAACCAGAAUUGCACCUGCAGUCAGUUUUGCAGGAGCCUCAGGAGACUUUGGGCAAUGAUGAGGGCAAAUGACUUUUUCCUCUCCCCCCAACCUGAACAGAUAACUGAGACCAUAGAUCUGAUGGCCCCACCUCACUUCCAGAUAUGUCCAACAGUAACUGUAGUUAUUUGUGGGAAUUUUUAUUUUAAUGACAAACCUGGCACUGUUCUGGCAUGUCCCAUGUUAAUUUUCAGCGGGCACCGAAGUCCCCAUCCGGCAGUAGCCUGGUGCCGCUGGUUUUGACAGCAGUCCUUGGCUGUGGUUGGAGCCCUAGCUUAGUCCUCCUCACAGAGGCCUACGUUUCACCUGAGCGUUUAUCUCCUUGCUUUAUAGAUGCUAGGUUUGUCCAUACAGUUGCCAGCUUUUGUGAAAAUGAAGAGCUAACAAGCCCUUUAAAAGAAUAAAGCAGAAGGGAGUGCCAGGGACGUGGGAAGGGGUAGCUGACGCUGUGGUGUCCUCGUCCCCUUUCAGUGCAUUUGGAGGUUGUCUUCCACGCAUGCGCCCUGACUCCCGCUCCCUUAGCUCAGAGGGGAGGCAGUUGCCUUUUCCCUUUCUUUUGUGACCAUUCUCAUUUCUGAAGAAUUCACAAGCCCUGAGCAGAGAGACUGCAUCCUUUCUGAGCAUUGGAUUCCUUGAGGGACGACGUGACGUGGAAGUGAGGGGCUCCUCACCUCCCAUGUUCGUAAGGGUGGAGAUGGGAGGCCAGGAGAGCUGAGUGAGUGGGAAGUUCUGACAUUCCAAAGGAAGGUAGUUUCCUCCAGACCCGUUACUUGAAGUAAUAGGUUCAGCAAAACUGGCCCACGGUGACCUUGAGACCUAUCAGAGAAAUAGGAAGACUUAUCUUCAGGGGUGGGGCUAAACUUUGAAAAGUUCCACAGGAAAGUACACACCUCUGGGUAGCUUUUAAUAAGUGGAAGGUAGGGAAUCCUGCUAGUAGAUGUUAAGGAUUGUGCUUCAUUUUUCACAGUUGAGAAAGAGCGUUCUGGCCAUUGCAGACACUUGGUAAAGCAUGGCUGAGGAUGAUGUAAUCAUCCAGUGUUUGUUCUCAGGAGACUGACUCUCAUUGCUCUGCAUUUAUAAAACACCUUCAGGAGAAAAAUAUUUUUGCAAACAGUAUUAUUUUAGACCUGAAGACAUUGUUAGGUUAGGCAUUUUGACCUAACAGAAGUAGCUAAGGAUGGUGCAGCCGGUCUUUACAACACUGUCUGGCCACACCCAGCCAGCUCCUGGAAGCUGGGACUGUGUGCCCUGGCUUCUUGGGAACCUGGACGUGAAUCUUCCACCAUCACUCACUCUAGUGGUCCCAGGGCCUCCUCCGCUUGGUGUCUUGCAGGCCUGGGUGACCUGCAGGUGCCUUUCUCAGCGGGGAAGUGUGCGGAAUCAGAUCACUGCUCUAGGACGCCUUCAGGGGCAGGGCGCACCGACGUCUUUGCCUUCAGGGUCACAGAAUUUGUCAGGGUAGGCGAGAAGCUCUUGAGGUCUGUCCCCUUGACACAGCCUUCCUACCUGGUCAUGCUGUUUCUUGCCAAGAUCCUUGUAAGACAACUAAGACACUCUUGAGGAUUUUGCUGCCCCCAGAUAGAGUGUGACGGAAAGAGCAGGUUAGCAGUUUUGGCAGAAAUGCCCACUCCCCAUCUCUGGCAGUGUCUGGUGAGCAGUCCCGUGUGCCUACUCUAGGAAAGUGAGUUUUUCCCAAAAUAAGUCCUCCAAUGGCGUCCUGGGUCGUCUGCACCACUCCCUAAUCAGGCUGAACGACCAUGCUCCCUGCAAAUGGGUGUUUGCUGUCAAGCUGUUUCAGUGUGUUUCCAGUCUUCCCUAGAACAGGGAACUUCAGUUGCUUAAAGUUAGUAUCACACCCCACGCGAUCAUUGCAGCCUCGAGAGCCCGAGCUGCUUCUCCUCUUCAUGACUGUGCCCAAAGAAAAAUGUUUGUUGCAUAUUUAAACCUGGAAAAUUAUUAAUUCAGAUGACAACUCACAAUUACUCUGUAUCCCUCGACUCACGUUGUGAACAGACGGAUUUCAACUAAUGUAGACUUUGUGCUCUGGAUGAGAGCGCUCAGGUUGAAACAGGCUGGUCUCGCCGAUCCAACAUCUAUAGUGAUUGGUCAUGAUGGAUCUUCUCAUGUUUUACUAAUUUGAUUGUCUAUUGUGGUCUAGGGGGAAGGAGGCAAAGUUUAGAUCUGAAGUGUCUGUGUGGGGAGGGGAGGGCAGAAAGGAUUGUUUGAGCCAAUAGUGGAGUGAGUGUGGGACAAGAGGUGUCUAAGAUGAGAAGUUACUUUCACACACCAUAUGGAAGCAUUCUACCACGAGAGAUUGUGCUAACUACGAAUCAUUGGUAUCCAUUAAGGCAGGUUUUCUCAAUUAGGCAACAUGUGGUUAGUCAAGUCCAAGUUAUUGUUUGUACUUGAAAGUAAUAAAGUUACAUUUCCUUAAAAAUA